UUGUCCUUAAUGAAACCCUAACUUCGCUAGGACGUGACGAUUUUAGACUUAUAUGAAAUGUGCCCACUCUCCUGAGAACUCUACUUUCGCUGUUCCUUCCUCAUCCUCUAGUAGCAUUCUGCUUCUCCAUCGACAUACGUUAAGACAGAACGAGGUUGUCGACAUCAGAACAGUACCAUGUCAGCCAUCGCCCACCCGGGGGGGGCGGGACUGCCAGACGACAACCGUGGUCCAAAUAUCCUCGCUGCAGUCUCCAUUACCACCGGUGCUGCCCUGGUAGUGGUUCUGACCCGUCUAUACGUUCGGAUAUUCAUGGUCAAAAACAUUGGCCUCGAUGACUGCUUCAUGGCAUUAACAAUGGCCCUGUCCCUUUCCGGUUGGGCUGUCAUCAUUCCAGAAGUCAGAAAUGGGGCCGGACGACAUAGGGUGUAUCUCGAUCAGGAAGUUGCUGUCACAGGCCUGCAUUUGAAUUUCGUCACUCAGGCAAUCUAUCUGUGGGCGAUUGGCCUUGUAAAAAUCUCAAUUGGGUUGUUCUUAAUUCGCUUUGUGCCGAACAAGAGCUACAAGAUAUUUAUCUGGACUGUGAUCGCCAUGAUGGCGAUUUACACGACGAUAUGCUUCUUCACCCUUAUCUUCCAGUGUAAGGACAUGGCAUCUAUCUGGGAUGAUAGGGUGAAGUCUCAAUGUUUUACACCGAGGCAGCUUAUCGAGCUCAGUUAUACUAACACAGCUCUCAAUAUUCUCACCGAUUUGACUUUCGCAGUUUUGCCGGCUUUCAUGCUUCGAAAAUUACAAAUUAACAUGCGCACCAAAGCAUCUCUGAUCUGCAUUCUCGGACUCGGUGUCUUUGCAUGCGUUGCAGCAUUCGUUAAACUGUCAUUCCUUCCAAACUACGGAAAAACAGGAGAUUUCCUCUGGGACUCGACGGACCUGACAAUAUGGAUCACCACCGAAUGCAAUACUGGGAUUGUUGCAGGGAGUCUACCCUGCCUCAAGCCACUUUUCAAGAGGCUCCUCAAUAACUACAGCUCUGGCUCACGCAGUCGAGGCCACUUUUACAAUAAAUAUGACAAAGGAACCAAAUUACGCUCGCUCUCCCGCAACACAAACAAGAAUACCCCCAGCUCUGGAGCAGUGCUUCAAUCUGGCCUCGAAUACACUGCCCACAACGUCAUGUCCACGAAACUCAGUCAUGUCAAGCACUCCAUUACGAGCGUCUCAGAUAUACACAGCAAUAAUAGCAGUGAGGAAAGGAUCCUCCCUAUUCACAGUGGCAACUGUGGCGGUCAUGGUAGUGGCGGCAUCGUGCGAACGACGGAGGUGCAGAUCACGUCAACUACAGAUAAUAGUGACCACAAUAGUAAGGCAUGGAGUAAUGAUAAUUCCUCACAUGUGGCAUGGGGAAAUGGCGAUACGACAAAGAAAUAUGAUGUUGAAGAUCGCGUGUGAUAGUUGGUGGACUGUGGAUUGAUGGAGCCAGUCCAGCUAAAGUUCACACGUGUACAAUAAUUCUCAUUCUCGAAAAGUGAAGCUUUUUGGUUCAGGAAUCUUGUGCUUUAUGCCCUAGCUUUGUCCACACUUGAGACGCCUCUGAAACUCGUUCUUUGGCCGGUGAGGCUAUCGAAAACAGAUCAGACUCUCUUUUCUGAUCGUUUUAAGCACCCGGUAGGAUAAGUAUGGGCUUUUUGCCUUGCUCCAAUAAAACCAAACUUAUCGAUAUGGUUAUUGCAUCCCCACUUCGAUUAACUAGUGGAUAUAUGAGGGUCAG